AUGUUGCAUGCAGAUACCCGGAGCAAGUUCCUUGCAGUAUUCGAGCGCAUCCGCGAGGAAGUGAUUGCGCACAUGAAGUCCGAGAAGAUGCCUGAGGAUGCCAUAGCGUGGUUCAACGAGAACCUCACCUACAACGUCCCUAAAGGUAAACUCAAUCGUGGCGUAUCCGUCGUCGAUACCGUCGCAAUCCUCCUAAACCGCCCUCCAACCGACGACGAAUAUUUCAAAGCUGCCCUCCUUGGAUGGUGUAUCGAGCUCCUUCAAGCUUGCUCACUCAUUUCCGAUGAUAUUAUGGAUAACUCCAUUUCUCGCCGUGGUCAACCCUGCUGGUACCGCGUCUCUGAUGUCAAGGGCUUCGGAAAGGUAAAUAACAUCGCCAUCAACGACUCGUAUAUGCUUGAGGGCGCCAUCUAUCACAUCCUCAAGAAGUACUUCAGGCGUGAGAGUUAUUAUGUUGACUUAUUGGAAUUGUUCCAUGAGGUCACAUACAAGACCGAGAUGGGUCAGCUCGUUGACCAAGUCACCGCUCCCGAGGACAACAUCGACAUCCGCAAAUACACCCUCGCAAAACAUACCUUCAUCGUGCGGUAUAAAACAGCCUACUACUCCUUCUACCUUAGUGUUGCACUCGCUAUGCGGAUGUGCGGCGUCCCGGACGUGUACGAGCUCAACGGAAAGAUUUAUGAGCCGUACAAAGAAGCCGACCGCAUCCUCAUUCCCAUGGGCGAGUUCUUCCAGGUACAAGACGACUACCUCGACUAUCACGGCACCGAGGCACAGAUCGGGAAGAUUGGCACAGAUAUCAUAGAUGGCAAGUGUUCCUGGUGCGUAUGCACGGCACUGGUGCAUGGCACCGACGAACAGAAACAAUUUCUGUUCGAGAACUACGGCAAGAAGGGUCCUGACCAGGCUUUGAUGGAGCAAGCUGUGAAGGACAUGUACAACGACGAGCAGGGGUUGAAUAUUCCCAAGCGCUACGAGGAGUAUUCGAAGAACACGAUGGCGGAGAUUGAUGCCAUCAUUGAGCUGGUACCAGAACCUGACAUGCAGGAUGGGUCCAAGGGUCAUUUUCUGAGGCGGGACGUGUUCCGGGCCUUCUUGAGCAAGAUUGCUAAUCGUACGGCGUAG